AUGGCAUCGAGCAUAGCCAACUUGAUGAAGAGGGCAGCAUCUCCUUUAGUGCCGCAAAAUACUGGAAGCAAUGCCAGCAUAUGGAGUAAUAAUAGCAAUAGCAGUUCGACGUCUUCUACGGCUAUGCAGGACUUACGUCGUAAACAGAUCGCAUCACUCCGCGAACACGGUCUAACAGUCAGAGAAUUAACAAAGGACACCAACUUUGAAAUACUAGCCACCCUAUCGUCAACUCUGACCGUCUUUCUCGUAAUCACCCUCCCUCCACAAUUCCCUGACAAGCCUCCUGUAAUCCAAAUACGGCCACCGCCUGCCGUAUCCCAUGCCUGGAUUGACUCGCGAACGGGACAGGUUGUUGGACAUGACAAGCUGACUAGUGGAUGGAAUCAGCAUGUUAGUUUGGGUAAACUGGUCAAGGAUAUUAUACAAGAGUUCCAGAUACGGAAUCCGGUUGUUAUUGCGGGGCAGGGUGUUGCUGUAGAUCCAAGAGCACAACCGUAUACACCAGCCCAACCACUAUCAAUCUCAUCAUCGCUUGCUCAAAAUCCAUCUUAUUAUACACCACCACCGCCUGACCCACACCCUCCUUCUCAGCAACAGCAGCAAUUACAACAGCAGCAGCAGUACGAUUCAUCUGAAUAUGCAAAGUUAGAUACCAUGACAGCUGAUGAAUUAGAAGUACUCAUAUCAAAUGAGACAGCUUUUCAAACAUUUGUGGAUGGGCUGCCGCAAAUGAGGGAAGCUAAAACUGUUGAACAGAAUUUAAGGAUGGAGAAUGAAGCGUUAGCUAGAAAGAAUCUGGACAGACACGCUGAACUAGAAGAGAAACGAACAUCUUUACGAGAAAAGCAACAAGCAUUGAAAAAGAAACGUGAAGCAUUUGACGCUUUAAUGGCCAAGCAACAGGAUGAGCUGUUUAGAUUCACACCAGAAUACUUGACGAUGCAACUACGAGAAGCAGCAAAUGAAUCCGACUCGUUAUCAGAAUCCAUGGCGGAUGCAUUUAGAGAGGGUCGAGUUACUGUCGAUGAUUUUUUAAGGCAGUAUCGUGAAACCAGGAAGGUUUAUCAUAUCAGGAAUUCAAAGCACGAGAAGGUUUUAAGGCAGCCGGAAUUGCUACAGGCUGGCUCUCAGCAACAGUCACCACAACAACAGCAAUCACAGGCACCGUAUUGA